AAUGUCAAUAAUGUCAUCAAAUAUUCGUAUCGACGUGUGAUUUUUGUGCAAUGUUAUUAUUGUACUUAUUGUAUUAAAAUUUAGCCUAAACAUGGAUAUAACUCCACUUUUCAAAGCCUGCAUCAAAACUUUAAAAGCUCGUAAUAAAGCUUUCGGCAUCCAAAGCCCUGUAAGUGAAGACAAACAGCGUAUACUGCGGCCUAAAUCGAAACAUGGUUUCAUGCAAACGGCGAAAGAUAUUUGCUCACAAAUCACUAGAUUACGAGACUUUUUGUUUGAACACAGGGAAAGGUAUUUAAGUUUUUUCAAUAAUGUGACUGGGGACGAGAUGACGGAGGCGGAGAGGGAUCAAAUAGACACAGGAGCUCAAAGAAUUAUUAACACAUGUUCCCACUUGUUAAAAGAGUUUAGGAAUGAUAACCGCAAGCUAGCGGUGUCGGGACAGACUAGAGAGUAUAUGGACGCGGUCAUCGACCUUAUAGAUUCGUACUUGAAGGCUGUAUGUAAGAUCCACAGCGAGCUUAAAGCUCUGAGGGUAAAAAGGGCAAUUGAUAUGAGAAAGCUUUCAAGGCUCGAACAGCCCCAAGUGAAGCCAAGUAAUCAUAAUUUAUUUAAAACAGAAAAACUUGUUAAAGAGGAUGUAGAGAUUGAGCCUGAAGAGACAGAUAGCUUGAAAAGGCCAGUGGAUUUGACUGAUAGUGAGGUGGCUGUAAUGCAAGACGAAGGUCAGCUGGACCCGGAGGAGCUUCAGCUACUGGAGGAGGAGAAUGUCCAGCUCUUGAACGAGCUGAACAGCAUGACGGAGGAGGUGCGGCAGAUUGAGAGCAAGGUGCUACACAUUGCUGAGCUGCAGGAAAUAUUCACUGAAAAGGUAUUACAACAAGAACAAGACAUAGACCGCAUCUCCAACACCGUUGUCGGCGCCACAGAGAACGUCAAGGACGCCAACGCCCAGAUAAGGGCCGCCAUCCAGCGCAACGCGGGUCUGCGGGUCUACAUACUGUUCUUCUUACUAGUACUGUCCUUUACUUUGCUGUUCCUCGAUUGGUAUAAUGAUUAAAUAUACUGCUGCUGUUUGUA